UUGUCAGUGACGCCCUCGAGCCGUCGCCAGGGCCGCCUGAGCCGCGGACCCGCCUGCUGCUCCCGGUCGGCGCGCGCGUCCGGCCCCGGCGGCCGGAGACGGAUUUUGGAAACGACAGAACAUUUCUGCUAACAGCUCAUAAAAUAAUAAUUGUCUAUCUGUUUGGGAUUAGAAGACCAACUCAUUCUUAGAGUCUUCUGAAAUAAAAUUAGAAUGGACGGGUUAAAUGAAUAUUCCCAUAAUUCAUUUGACCUACAAUCUCUAUUAAACUCCUUUCCUGGAGAUUUGGAAUUCAAGCAGAUCUUCAGUGACAUUGGCGAACAGAUGGAACAGAAUGCUGCAAGCAUUGAGCAUUGUAUUGAAGAAAUACAGUCUGAAGUAAACAAACUCUGUCCAGAUGUGCAGCUGCAAACAACAAGUGACUGCUUCAAAUGGCUAACUAGCUGUAAUUAUAAUUCAUCUAAGUCGCCGUUCAUUCCCCAAGGAGAUUUGAUAAAGUUCCUCAAAAUAAUGAAAGGCUUAUUGAAUAGUGAAGAAAAUCAAGAAGAAAUGAUCCUGGAUUUACUCUGGGACCUCUCCUGUCGGAGCAGCAUCUCAUUCCUGUCGCCCCUAGGUGGGACCUCCUUCUGCUUCCUCUCCAGGACGUCUCUGCACUCUGUUGAAGAUUACUCCUCUGUGGACGUAAAGUCUGUUUGGGAUGAUGUAAGAUUACAUCUUCGACGCUUCUUAGUGAACAGGCUAGAAAGCCAUAAUGAGAUCAACAGCUCACAACAAAGAAUAGAACUGAAGAGUCAAUGUAUGAAGCAGCUCCUCCUGCUCUACCCAGAACCAGACGUGCUUGUCAAGUACCAGAGCAUCCAGAAGAGACAGCUGGCCAAGGUCCUACAGAACUCCCUCCCUCCCUGCAACAGAGAUGCAGAUUUAGAGGCGAUUGCUCAUGGGUACCACUGUGCAAUGGCCACGUUAUACGCAAUGAUAAAAGAGGACUUCAACAUACUACGUGAAAUUUUAGCUCCCUCCUCAAUGGUGCAAUUCAUUAAAGAAACUUACCUGGAUACAGUUACAGAAGAAAUGGCAAAAAUUCUUGAAAGUUUUUGUGAGCUGCAGUUGAAAGAACAUGCUGUUCCUGGAGUUAAGACAAGCGAGAGCUGCAGCAAACGCAGAGGAACAGUACAGGCUUUGGUAAGCCCUGCAUGCCCACAGAAGCGAUGGUGCUCCUCUCUCUCUUUAGAUGAACUCAAAUCCUUAUCACAGCUAAUACAAUCCUUUCUGAAGCUGGAAAGCAACAUCCAGGAACUGCUUGAAGAAACGUUUUUAUUGCUUCAGAUGCCCAGGAAUUCUCCAGGAGUAUUGGAAAAAUCUGAUAGGCAAGCCACGGUAGAGAAACAUACAGCAAAAGAAACCAAUAUUCCUCCAGAGCCGUUAUUACCAGUUAAAGAGGCUACUUCACUAGAGUUUGGCUGGAGAAAAGCAUUUAAAGAAAUCGCUCAGGCCACAGCACACUGCAUAUCAGCAGCCAUUGAAGGCUUUUCCACCCAAGUUCUCCAGCAGGAGCAAACAGAAAGAACCUCAGCUGCCAGCUACACCAUGCGCCUUGUCAGUGUCCCAAAAGUUUGGCAAGAAGGCCACAUGUGUGCCGAGGAGGAACAACCAAAGCAAGUCGCCAAGUUCUGCUCUGACAUCAUGGAAAAGCUUGACACAAUGCUUCCACUGGCUCUGGGAUGCAGAGAUGAUUCUCUUCAGGAAAUUAGAGGGAACCUCGUGGAGGCCUGCUGUAAAGUGGCAACAGCUGUCCUGGAAAGACUGCAAGAGAGAGGCAGGGAUGUUCCCUCAGGGGCACCGCUGAGGAACCUGCACGGCCUCCUCUCCACAGCAGCCUAUGUCUCCCAGCAUUUUACACACUAUGACAAUCUGAUGAGAGAGACAACCAAGAAACCUGUAUUCCUGGUGCCCAUCCAGCGAUAUCAGGAAUUCAUCAACACUCUGCAGUUUCAGGUUGCGGACUACUGCGUCAGAGUUUGUGCUACAAGCAUUUUACAGGAUGCUGAGAGCCACCGCUGGGAUGACUACAAAGCUUUUUAUGAGGGGGAAAGAUGUUCCUUCUCCAUCCAGAUGUGGCAUUACUUCAGCUGGGCUCUGCGUCAUGAUCUCUGGACCAUACUGCCGGCUAAGCUAGCUCAGGCGAUUCUAGCAGAGUUUCUGGAGAAGUCCUUGGGUCUACUUGCCUCCAGAUAUGCUCGGGCGUGUCCCAGUCCUAAGAGAACUGCACAGAUAAGACUUGAUGUCACAGCAAUCUUAAUAUGCACUGAGAAUAUAUUAUGGUCAAUUUGUACAUCUGUACAGGAAGUUUUGAAUCCUCAUGAGUACAGCAACAAUAAAAUUUUUAAAAUCCAUACUCAUUGCAACAACCUCCUUGCAACAUUAGCCAUUUUGACAUCACCACUACCAGAAAUAUAUCAGACUUUUCAACAUGGCAUGGAUGAGUCAGCUUUGGCUUCAAAUUCCUCAGCGUCAUUGCUUAAUCAACCACUGCACUGGGUUUCGUGCAUGUCAGCGUUCUACCCUCCUUUACUCAGGCCUAUGUCAGCUGGAGGACUGAAUGCCGAGGGUCAGUUAAAGCUACUCUUAUCCCAGCCGUGCUGUAAGUGGGACCUGCUUCUGGAGACCCUGCUCCAUGGUGGUGGCCUCAUACCCAGAAUCCUGCUGAAAAGUUCAAGACAAGCUACUAGUGUGGAAAAAGACCAGAAGGAAGGCUGCAGUGUGGUGGAAGCCAUCUUUAAAGUUAUGUACCAUUGCCACUUGUCUCCACAAGCAUUUGGAGAUGUCUUCAUGAGCUACAUGGAGGAGGAGCAGCUCUUGGACUUUUUGUACACCAUUCCAGUCUCAGUGUACACAGAGUCCCAGCCAGAAGUCAUCUGCUGUCUGAGACUGACUCUGAUGGAUGCUGUCAAGGACACCGUGCAGCAGGUGAUAUCCCUGGUGAGACGUGGGCGCCACAGUGAGACAAACCUGAACAAACCCCGUGUCCCUGACCAUCUGCUUCAGACCAUUCCACGGGCAUGGGGUUACAUUCCAAGAGGAUCCCGAAGGAAAGAAUCAAAUAAAGGCUUCCUAAGGCUCGCUGCUCAGGCAGUGUCUAUUGUAAUCAGCAAGUUACCUACAGUGAUUGCAUGCUUGCCUCCUACAAUUAAAUACUUCUUUUAUCUGUCUGAGAGAAAAAUGUCAAAAAACUUGGCUGCAUUGAAGAAAGCUGGCCUGCUUGUCUGGAACUUGAUUGUAAUUAUAUGUCGGAUAUUUGAGGAUGGGAACACCGUGGAACGUUUAACAGGUGCCUCCCUUGACAGAUGGAGUAAAGAGAAGGCAGCUUUAAUCUCUGUGUGUUUGGAAAGUAUUCUGGGAGAAAGAAGCAGCCCGUGUCAACUGACCCAAAAGGUCAUACUGAGCAUUGAGCGGCAAAAACCCAACUGGUUGGAGCACCAGCUUCUCAAAGCAAGGACCCUGAGCAUCAACUGUGCAUUCACGGCGGUGGAGGAAAGCCCAGGCUUAGAAGGAGACGCUGCUCUUGAACUGACUGAACAGAAAGCAAACCUGAUGGUCCUGGAUCUCUGCCACAAACCAGGUGGCAGCGAGUACCUGAGGCAAAUUUAUCACAUCAUGCGGCUCAAUGAGGAAUACCUAAAAGAACAACUGUUGGCUAUGAAUGCUUCAGAGGAAAAGCCUUUACCUAGCCAACCUCUGAAGGGGACCUUGAGGAUUGUAGAAGAUCAGCCUCCUGUUUUUAACCCUUUCCAUGUACAUAAGAUGUUCAGCAAAAACAUGCUAGAUCAGUCGGCCACAGCAGCAUGGCGUUGGAACUGGUCAAACUUGCUGCCAAAUUACCUGCGCCUGGAUAAGAUGACCUUCAGUGCACUACUCAGAAACAGGUGGGAAAUGAUGAAAGAUGAAACUCUGGAAGAGAAAGGAAAAAUGAUGCUGGAACACUUAAAACAAAUUUACAGCAUACAGGACUCUUCUCUGUUAGAUAGCACAGACAAACCGUAAUCUGCAGAAAACGGCAACAGCUUUAUUUUAGGAAACAGCCUCGUGUGAUGGAGGCUUUCACCACAGUCAGAGGAAUCUCACACAAGCCACAGAGUGCAGCCAUCACUACAGAGUUGCUGUACCGAAAAGGGACACAGAACAUGGAAAAUAAGAGGCUCCAUAGUUUUUAUUUUAAAGAUAAUCUCAAGUGUUUUUCUUUCCCAGCCUUUCUCCUUAUGUGAUAAAAUGAUAAAGCUACUGCCAUCUCGUGUUCCCUUUGAAUUGUGUUUGUUGUUUUCUUCCCUUCAGUACUGAAGUAUCUAUGACAACAGGAAAAAUGUUUGAAAAUAUUUUCUCUAGGGACUCCUUAUACAAUAUUUGGAUGCUAAGUUGAUUGGAGCCCCUCUCCUACCCUGGAAGUCAUCUGGAAUGUACAAUUUGAUUGGGUAGCUGUAGCCCAAGAACAGAUCUUAACUGUCUUCAAUACUUCUGGUGGGACCCAUUCUUCUUCCCACGCAGCCCCUUCCUCUUCCACUUUAUCUAAGUCAUAGCAUCAAGAGCGCAGUCCCCCUAACUUGGGGCUUAUGGUUGCCUGUGAUGGUCGUUUCUCUCCUCCUAAAUCUCACCCCACUCACAUGCUUUCGCCUCCUGUACCAAGUGACUCCAGUUCAGGAAACUCAUGACAUCCAUUUGACCCAAGCCAAAGUGGCAAUUUUUUUCCAACCAGAUACCAUCUUUAUUUCAAAGUAAUAUUCAAAAAUCAUCCUUCACUAUCUACAAUGCCUAUUGUUUGCUUGUUUGUUUUACUCUUUUGUGGAGGGCCGACCACCCAGCUCCCAAAUAAAUACAUGAAGGCCUUUUCUUACUUAUGAGUGCCCGGCCUUAGCUUGGCUUGUUUCUAUCCUGCUUUUCUUAAAUUAUCCCAUCCACCUUUUGCCUUGGGCUUUUUCCUUUUCUUCUGUAAUCUUACUUUCACUCUUACUCCGUGGCUGGCUAUAUGACUAGGUGACUGAUAACUUCUUCUCCUUGAUGUCCCUUGUUUUUUUAUCGCUAUUUUUCUCCUUCUAUUUAUUCUCUCUGCCAGCCAGCCCUUUCUACUCUUUGCCCUUGCUGUUGGCUGUUCAGUUUGUACUGGACCAGUAAGGUGCCUUAACCUGGCAAAGUAGCACAGCUUCACAGAGUUAAACAAGUGCAACAGAAAGGAAUGCAGCCCAUCUUUGCAUCACUAAGCAAAUGUUUCACAGCACAAAUACAUGUAAUUCACAGCAUAAACAAAUGUAACACAUCCUAAAACAAUAUUCUGCAACAAAUGCCUAUUUUUCUUAUUUCCAUUGCACUUACACACACAAAGAAAGAGACAGAGAUAGACACACACACAGAGAGAGAGAGAGUACAAUUAUAUAUAUUUAGUGUGUCCUUCAUAUCAGUGCCUGCUAUUAGAUUAUGAAGACCUUGAAAGUCUUAAAUACGAUAUGAACUUUCCAUUUGUAAACCAGAAUGUGCCUGGACUAUUCAGUGUGGGUACAGUUAACAAACACAGCUGAUUAAGUAACUACCAUUGGCAGAAGACACACUGUUGACAAAGCAUCCUAGAAGACAAAUGGGAGACGGCUCAUGGCCGACCAUGGAUCCCCUGACAUCAAACACCAUGUCUUCUGAAGUCACAAAUGUAGUAAACUGUGUGUGCUCCCACAUUCUGUGGCUUUCAUGAAAUGUUUAUAGCUGCAUGAUUUCCUAAGGAGAGUACUCUCAUAUUUUCUCAAAGAAGUGUAGAGUUAAAAGGAGGUUACUGGGCAGGAAGUCUUAUAUUUUCACUUUCAAUAAAAUGAGCAACCAUGUACCCAGACCCCUCCCAAAUAAAACAUUUCAAAUUUAAAAAAAAUAGGCCAUGAACUUGAAAGGAAGCAAGGAGGAAUAUACAUAGUAGGGCUUGGGUGGGAGAAAAGAAAGGAUAUGUAGCUGGACAGAAUCUCGAUUUACUAGGGGCAAAUGAUGUUCUUUAGUUGGCCUGGAUAAUGUGAAGCAAGUAUUUUAAAAUAUGUCUCAAGUAGUUUUUUUAAUUCUAUGGAAAUCGUUUAAAAAUUAGACAGUUUUACAAAAAAAAUGAACAUUUAAUCUUACUUUUAAGUAGUAAAAGGAAAACUCAGUAUAAAACAACAGUUGAUUGCUCCUCCAGCUAUCUGAUAGGAUUAUACAUUAGUCUAUGCAAGUAUAGUAUGGCAGAGAAUAACUGAAAAGCCAAAAUAAAAAUAAAUUGACGCAUAUAAAAAUGUUGCAGCAGUUCACAUGGCAGUUGUCUCUGUUAAGGUGACCAUUUGAAGCUGUUUUCCUCCAUCCAAAAAUAAUAUUCUGUGUCUGUCAUUUGAAAGAGAAAAUGAGAUGAGAAAACUACAGCUGAAUUCCCUUCUGUGCUUGAUCAUUGAAAUUGCUAUGUGAUAAAUUGUGAAUGGUCUAUAAUUGGGAAUGUUAAGUUAUGUGAUUGAUCUGUCAGAUAAUUUUGACUUUCAAUGUUUUAAGGAAUAUGAUAAGUAGUAUUUCGAAGCAGUUGUUCCUCACAUUCGGUUUUGCAUUUGUAUGAGUUGACAAGAGGAUUGAAGCCUAACAGUUUGUAACUCUUCAGAUGCCUGUGACAAAAGUAGAGUCUCCUGUGUUCUGUGCAAUUGUUUUUUUUAAUAUAUAUAAUAUAGACUUUUCUAUUUUA